AUGGACCUUUUUCGAGGUAUUUUUGAAGAGAUUCGCCUUCUUCGUCGCGUGCUUCAGAACCAUCUAAUCUGGUUGGCUGCAAGCUUUUCGCGAAGGAGAACACCCCUCGCUCUGACAAGCAACCUCCAAGCGGAGCUGCGAGCUCCGCUUUUGAAGGCGCUUGCAGACGAGGAGGAUAUAGAAGUAAUUGAUGGCUGGGAAUCCUGCGCAACAAGGCUUCUUUGGGAACCGGGCGAGAUUCCCUUCCAUCCGAUCAUGGUGCACACGCUCCUUCCGAACGGACAGCUGGAAAACACAGGCACUCUGCGGCGGGGCAAAGGCUUGUGGGGGCCAGCGCGAAGGAUGGAUCUGAUAGAUGACGCAAAGUUGGUGCGUCCAGAGUACACAAGGUACACAUUCCGUCGCGACUCUGGAGCUACAGCACUCGUGAAGGUGAACCUCAUCCGCCAACCCGGAGAUCUGAAAGACAGUUUCGAGAUCUGUGAGGAGCCUGACAUACCGGACGACUAUAGAGGUGCUCUGCAGGAUUUCAGGACUGUUCUGCAGAAUGUCCUCCCGCGGCCAGUCUUUCUCAAUGGUCGCAUCCGGUUUUGCAAAGAGAAGGCCAAGCAGCAGGAUUCGCUGGCAAUAGUGGCCACGCAGACUGGAAUUAAGCGUUUGCUUGGACGAACUCUCGCACGACAGUAUUUUCGCGUGCAAGAGAUCACGGACGAAGGCAUUCUUUCGAACCACGGAACCCAGGACAAGCCGUACAAAUGCUUUAUGAGUGGCUGCUCGACAUGCCAGAAGUAUGUGCUGUACCUACGUGCGGCGAGUAAGGGCGAGCAAGCACACUCCAUGAUCCAGACCGUGGAGGAGUUCUUCACGGAUAAGAGACCGCGAUCGACACAAAACCAGGACGUGAUCAUCACAGACAGUGCAAACUUUCGCAAGCUGAAGAUUUGCAAGAUGCUUGGAACUGGAGGUUGUGGCACGGUGGUGAGCGUUGAGGUGAUGGAACCCAAGUUCGGGAAAUACCAAGGCAAAUAUGCUCUGAAGUUGCUUCACAACCAGCCUAUGUACGAGAAUCGCCACAAAAACGAGGCUGAACGGGCGAUGGAGCUAAAUCACGACCACAUCGUGAAGACAUACGGCUGGUUCCGGAUGCGUCACCAGGAAAUUCGGGUUGGAAGCCUUUGCUAUGCAAAGAACGACUUUGGGAUCCUGAUGGAAGAAGCAGAAACGACAUUGGAGCAGUGGGUGCUUCAGACAAGCGAGAGCGAGGGACGGCGUCUAACAGAUGCAUGGCUUCGUAAAUCGAAGCCCGUGAUGUUGCAGAUGGGCAGUUCUCUGCAGCACGUGCAUCUGAAAGGGCUCGUUCAUAGAGACAUCAAGCCGUCCAACUUCCUGUUGAACUUCAAAUCAGGAGAGCCGCAUGUGCUCCUGUCUGAUUUCGGUACCAUAAAGCCAUCGGAGGAGACGAAAACUCGCUUCGUGGGUACCCUUUGCUACAUGGCACCCGAGUUGCAGCGGCAAGAUCCCGGCGCGGACUAUAAAAAGUGCGACAUGUACAGCCUCGGGCAGACAUGGAAAGCACUUCUUGGCAGAAAGCAUUUGAAGAUCAGUGAAGGCUUUCGAGUCCUUGAUCCACGAAACGUUCCCAAUUCGGAAGCAUGGCCUAAAAACCUGCAGGAUUUAGUUUGCUUUCUGAGGCACAAAGAUGCUACCAAAAGAUUGGAUAUCGACGGGGUCUUGCAGCAUGAGUUCUUCAGAAAUGAGGCUGCAGCUAUGCUCUUAAACGUGAAAAUUGAGACUUGA